UCUUCCAUCGAUUUCUUUUACGAUAUUCCUCGUGCCAUCAUCGAUCUUGCCAAGGAAAAAAUCCACGUCCCCCUCACCCUUUUAACUUACUCUUCUAUCGAGAAAAUACAUGCAAGGGAGGACAUCUCAAGCUUUCCGCCAGAAGACCGUGACACUCUUUCUCUAGUCGAGUUCUACCAAGCGUCGGAGAAUUUCAUUGGGCUCAUGUCCCUGGUCGCAAACCCUGCUAUCGUGGAGCGGUUCAAGCAGCAUAGAUCGUUCUGUUUAUCGCGUGGCAUGCGAAAGGACUACCGAGCUAUCCUCGCCUUCGACAUCGAGACGAGGCAGAUAUUCUUCAAUACGCAAUCUUUCCUCCUCGAUGCUGCUUACGAACGUCGCUGGCACGAAGUUGAGCUGGAGACUUUGCAUUUGGAAGUUAGCGAGGCUGCCGAUCGAGUCGCGCGGGAAGCUACAAAGCUCUCUGCGCACUCCCACAGGUUCCAUCCGUACCACCGUGACAACAAGGGGUCUGAUGAGCUAGCGGGAUCGUCUGGUGGGAACUUUCGCAAGGGCAAAUGCGUGUAUGAAUCCGACGUGUGCCUUUACUUUUUCUGCAGUCGGACAGGGCACAGAGUUAGCCGUUGCACACACAUACAGUCGAAAAUGAUGCGGUCAUCUGCAAGUGGCGCAACUCGCUUGUCCACAAAUCAACUCUCGCGGUCGUUUGCAUACCAUUCGAUAUCGGAAAGUGCACUCACGGGAAACACAAACACGUCUACAUGUGCUCUAUCUGUGGCAGCGAGUUCCAUCACGCCGGUUCGAAAUGGUGUUAUUAAGCUCGUUAAUAUCAUCAUCCGUUUCAGCGUUUGCUAAAUCAGGUGAUGGUACGGAAGUCAUUGAUGAUCAUCUCGACGAGGGAGAUAGAGUUGAGCGCUUGAGUGUUAUGAAAGAUGAAAUUGCACAGGAGAUCCGUGGAAUCGCACAGGAAGUCCGUUUCUUGGAAGCCUAGAGAGUUCGAACGUGCGCGGCACGAUAUGCCGUUAAUCUCAGACCGUAUACAUUUCGUCAACACGUUGAAAUCAAAUCAAAGGGCGCUUGAGGAGAGUACGUGUGAGUUAUGGGCGUCCUGUACAGCUUGCGCUGUCU